GCCAUUCGCUUUAAAGGGGCGGGGUCGAUGCAACAAGAAUAAUGCAAGUACGCAGCACGAUCGAGAGUCAGGUUAAGCCGUUGUAUAAAGAUUUGCUGUGAAGCUCCAUGUUUUUGUGGCAUUACAUUAUUGUGUUCACUAUCAUUUCCAGACCGCAAUUAUUCGGAAUGACCACUUCAGCUGUAACGCCAACAAAGUCCUCCUGGUCAAUCGGCCUGGGCAUUUUCUUGCUUGUCCUCACUCUCAGCAUCGCCCUAAGUCUGCUGCCUUUACUUGUUGUUCAUUACCAAUAUGCUGUUGAAGCCGUCUUGCACGUUAAUAUUUCUGCAUUCUUAGUCAUCGCAUUCUACAUCGCGGAGUAUCUGCAGAAGAUGUUUGCAAAAUAUUUGCAACUCGUGCUCGACUCUGUGGUUUACGGCGCGUUGAUUCAACAGCCAGUAACUGAUGGCAAAUCUGCACGAGCCAUGAGAAAGUCGGACUCUUUGAAUACCAUUCUGAAAGUGGUGCUGCUUAAAGGUCUUCCGACUGUUCUGACAGCCAUGGCGACGUUCAAGCAGUUGGGGUAUCCUUUAUGUUGUUGUUGUUGUUGUUGUAUUUAACGCCGUGGCGGCCGGGCUAGAGCCCUUACCGCAGACCUCCCGAAGGGUAUAUGGCGUGGAGGGCCGUGAGCCAAGGCUACCUACUCUACAGUGUGGAUGCUGCUACCGC